AUAGCAGUGAGGCGGUAGGGUAGAGAUGAUGGAACCGAGUUUCGAUCGUGAUGACGAUAGAGACGGAAACCGGGACGUAAAGCAAAGUCUUUGGACUUCCCUCUACCAUUUAACGCUAUCCAGCACCCACACAUUUCUAGAUUUCUACGCCUAUGUAUGACCCCGAUGUAGAGCCUCAUCGUAAUAGAUACGUACGAGAUGGGAGAGGAGAGGAGCAGAGGAGUCUCGGAUAUAGGGUGAGACUCUCGAACGUAUCACCUUGAUCGCGUCAAUAUUACCUAUCCCAUCUUUUUAUCUAUUGAGAGAAAUGGGUCGUGCUGGUUGUGCAGACUGCUGAGUACUGCACAAGUGCAGAGCAGAAGUCGCGUCAUUUGUCAUUUCGAAAGCGGAUACACAUCACGGUAACGACUAUCGACAUCGACAUCGACGUAACUCCCAACGACGCGCGACGCUUGAUGCCCAAAAAGAUCGAUUUCUGCAAAUAGCUUCACCCGAAAAACUCCAUCCGGAUUCCGGAAUAAAGUUACGUCGACUAUAGAACGAUAUUCACGCAUGGAGAUGAUGGACGUUUUGCACACUCGAGCCGUUUCUCUCUCUCUCUCUCUCUCUCUCUCUCUCUACACUCUACAGAUAGGAAUAGGAAAAUAUCGACGCAAGUCAAGCUGGCACGUUCGAACGCCUUACUCCGUGGCCAGUGUCGUCGAUAUGCGAGCCGUCGUCGAUGUCAUUUCGGCACUGGAAAAGACGACAGUUACUAAAGAAGUGUUGGAGAUUACGAGACUUGGAAAACACAUCAACGAGCUUCGUCGAAAGACGAGUAAUGAAGCCUUGGCCAAGCGUGCGAAAGAUUUGGUACGCCGCUGGCGAGACAUGGUUUUACCGACGGUACAGUCUACGCCACAGCCUACCCUGGCUGACGCGGCACCACCGGCUCUCAAUGGCGCGAAAGAGGUGGUUUUGAGGACGUUCAAGCCACAGAGUCCUGCGUUGCGAGGGCUCAAACCUCACAGUCCUUUAUUGAAAGAUGCCACUCCUCUCAGAGUUCUCAGUCCGGCACUAUCGGUGCACAGUGACCACUCACGAUCUCCUAACGCGUCUUCGAAUAACAAGCAGUCACGUACCCUUACGAGCACGCACAGGAUAAGUUCCUGCUCGAGGAACGCGUCCCCGGUGCUCGGUACCUCGAAUCAGAAUCAUGUAACGGAAGCGGUGCCGCGUACACACAGUUCUAAUAAGCGACUACGGAAAGAGGAGAGUAGCAACGACCACGGUCACGACUAUCACGCGGCGCCGCAUGGAACUGAGUCGACGAUAGAACAAGUCAAGAAGAAACGGUUCAACGGCGAGAACAUAAGUGGUAAUUUAAAUUCGCAAGUGCCUAGCCCCACACUGAAGGAACGACGCUCCGCGUGUUUCGCGGAGACAGAGACCUCCCUCGAGACCACGAACGAGGAGUCGGGCCCGAAGAAACGCGGCCGUAAAAAGGGCAGUAAAUCCGCGAAGCGACACGCGUUUCUGGAGGACAGCGUGAAGGAGAAACUGGCCAGUAUCUCGAGGACGCCGAAGCUCAAGACCACGCAGGAGCUCCUGGCCGAUCUGCAGGCGCGCGGAAGUACAUGUAGUCCCGUCGGCAGCGCCAAUGCCCUACCUAGUCAAAGCGUCGCGGAACCGCCCAGCAUGGAAGAUGUUCUGCGAGGCAGCAACAGUCAACAGGUGUCCAAGUAUCUGCGUUCGAGCCAGAAGAACUCCCAGAGCCUUCACAGGAGUCUGGUGGGUUCCUCGUCGUCGGAGACGUACGCUGGCAAAACGCAAAAGGCGGCUCGCGUGAGAUCCGCGGUAACGUGUCGCGAGUCCUCGCCCUCUCCCGAGUCGUGUCAAGACAGGCUGCGCGAGGAUAUCGAUAGGUUAUCGGGUAGCACCGAGACGUCGACGUGUCGGUCGCCGUUGCAACGGGAUCUCACGGUCGAGGAGAUAUUGGCCAAGUUACCGCCCUUAGAUCCCAGUUCGAUAGACUGGGGUGAGAACGAUGAACGGAACAACGACGUCGAAUGUUUUCCGCCACCGCGGCGGGACGUUACCGCCGAGGAUCUCGAGAGGUUACACGUGCGGUAUGUCGAAGGACUUAACGGCAACUUCCAACCAAGGCUGUCGACGGCGACCGCGUGUUCCGACGGUGACGAGCGCUCGACGAAUGCCAGGGACGGAGGGAACGGAGUGUCGUCAGACGUGUCGAACGUGGAUAGUGUAAAAAGUGUGCAUAACAACAAAACUGACAAUGUGGAAUUUCGGGAGUGGCAUCAGAUGCUAGCGAGGCCCAGUUACCAGGGCGAGAUCCUCAACAUAAUGCCUUAUGUUAUUAUCGAUUAGUGAUUUUAUCAUCUUAUUCUAUUAUUAUCCUCUGCCUCUGCCUCUCCCCCUCCCCCUCCUCUCCUGCCCUUGAGAAAAGAAUUGUGAGGCGAAUCUACAAAAUAUAAUUAAAAGCAUCCACUUGGUUGAGGACGUACUCGGCCGGUUGGUUUAUUAAAACUAACGCGUUCUAUUGCGAUUUCUGCGUGUGCUCUUCAUUUCUAUUUACGCUGACGCGCUACUUCAUCGCACACAUCCUCCUUGUCAUCGUCAUUCCCAUUAACAUAGCCGCUGCCUUGCUGAUCGUACGUGUACAACCCCGCGCGGCGAAUAGCCAUCCUUCAUACCAUCAUUGUCGUCAUCGACAUCUCAACAUCGUCAUAUUAUAAAAUAUUAUUAUUAUUAUUAUAUUAUAAUAUUAAUAUUAUAAUUUAUAUAAUAUUAAUAUUAUUCCUUUUUAUUAUUAUUAUUAAUAUUAUUGUUAUUAGUAUUAUUAUGUCGAUUUAUUAGUACUGUCCCCGCUUCUAUCCCUCUCCCUCUCAUACGUAUUGUUAUUGCCAUCACCAUUGUCAUCCAUCAUCAUCAUUAUUAUUAAUAUCGUUAUCAAUGUGCUAACGAUAAAGAAAUUAAGAGACCAUUAGAAAAAAGAAAUAGAAUCAAUGCUAAAUUAUGAUUAUCGGGGCAAGAGCAACCGCAUGAUUGAUUUUGUAAUCGCACUGUACGCGGAACGAGUUGUUAACUGUGAGACAUGAAUUACAUAGAUAUGAAAUAGUGACUAUACCGUGGAAUACGCCUGCUGCGACACAAGUACCAAGUACAUUAUUUUUACACAACAAUAAAAAUAGGCGUCAAUGUGGUUUCCGACUUCUGAUUUUUGAGUAUUCAAAUAUAUAUGGUCAAUGGGUCGUAUCUUUUGCGCGUUACGUGGCGCGAGAAAUUUGUUUAGAUACAUCUCUUUUUUUCCGUCACACGCCGUGUUCAACCCAGACGUAUAGUUAACUCUAAAUUCCAUCGAGGAAAAAAAAGGGAAAAGAAAAUAGACGGAUGCAAGGAUUGCUCUUGCAAUGAGAACUCGUGGGAGGACACGCAGAUAGCACACAAAGACAGAAAUGCAACAAGAUUCAAGUACGCGCGCCACGGUCUCCAAGACGUUUGUUGCCCUUUAAAUAUUUUACAAGACUGUUACACAGGAACUCUGUCGCGCGACUGUAGAAAGCAACGCGCGUUCUUCAAGCUACCAAUAAGUUAGGUGCACCGGUGCCUUAAAUUAAGAAAAGCAAGAGAAAAAGAAGAACGAAAAAAGAGAAUAUAUUUAAGUGCAUCAAGAGGUUUUCUACUCAAAAUUUGUUUUCGUUUGUUGCACUUUGCGUUGCGAUUUACGGCGGACGUGUCGAAGUCGAAAAGUCACACACGCGUACAUUAUUAGACGGCGGGAACGUGCGUACGUGAUAUCAAGUAUGGACGCGACACAUGGAUUUUCUCGUGGGUGCAAUAUCAGAAUAGAUUCAAAUCUGAUAAUAUUCGGGAUGCGCAACAAAAAGUUACAGAGAGCUGAGUGACGUACAAUAAAACAAAAUUCUGAAACGGAUAUAUAUGCGUGCCUGACUUGUCGUCUCCCUCGGAGGUGUGAUCCCUGUCGAGCUCAAUAUUACGAUAAGGCAUCUAGUCCAAGUAAAGAAUCGAGAGACGUGUUUUGUAGAGUUGCGUUCAAUACAUUUGUUAAAACUAUCCGUCUACAUUUGGGCGAAAGGACAAGUCCUUUUUAAUUCUUUAGCCGUCUUUCUCAUUCUCCGUCAUCCUUCAAAAUCCUUUCGAGAUUUUCCCCGCGAUCGGACGCGCCUGCCUGGAGAAACAUGCGUAUCGUCCAAAAGGCUGUAUAGCGCGUAGGUCGAAAGCUACGAUGAAAGAAACUGGGUUUAUACGAGUCGCAUCUGUUAUCUGAAAACUACGAGACGCUUUGGAAGUGGCGAGUCACGACGUUCUUCCAAACUCUUUGUUUUAUCAUACGCCAUUCAGUUUCGAAGCUUUUACGACACGAGUCUUGUACAUUUCUUGUGUGAAAUAAAUCAAGUUGAAUAUACUCUCCUCAUCCGUUGAA